AACUUUGAAGAAUUAUAGGUAGCUUAAUGGCGUUGGUCAAAAGAAACCCAUAAAGCAAAUCGUGGCCUUCACACUCCCCUCUGCAGGAUCUCGACCAACCUGAUGAUAAUGAUGAUGAUCUGAUCGUUUCCUGUCCCAAUUGAUCGACUUUGUCGUGUACCCACUCACCCACACAUCUUCGCCGAUCUGAUUGAAUUGAAUUGAAUUGAAGGUGAGAGUAAAUCGUGGUUCUGUUUCAUUCAUUUCUUGUGCACUAGAGAGAGGAGAGUAAGGGGGGAAGUUGGUAAUAUUUGAAGAUGAAAGGUGUAAUAGAAUGCAGUGUUUGCCACUCUAAAUUGGCUUCUCCAUCAUCAAAAGCAUUCUCAAAGGCAUACGACAGACAUAGGAGCAGCAUUUCAUCGAAAACUCGAGCCCUCAAUGUUUUUUUGGUUGUCGGUGAUUGCAUUCUUGUUGGUUUGCAGCCUAUUCUAGUUUACAUGUCUAAAGUGGACGGAAGUUUCAAGUUUAGCCCUGUUAGCGUAAACUUUUUAACUGAGAUGGCAAAAGUGCUGUUUGCCAUUGUUAUGCUUUUGUUUCAGGCUAGGCAUCAGAAGGUUGGAGAGAAACCUCUUCUCUCCUUAUCUACUUUUUGCCAGGCAGCUCGAAACAAUGCAAUCCUCGCUGUUCCAGCCUUUCUUUAUGCUAUAAAUAACUAUCUUAAGUUCACAAUGCAGCUAUAUUUUAAUCCUUCCACAGUAAAAAUGCUGAGCAACCUCAAGGUUUUGGUUAUUGCUGUUCUCUUGAAGUUCAUUAUGAGGCGUCGGUUUUCCAUAAUUCAGUGGGAGGCUCUUGCACUUUUGCUAAUUGGUAUUAGUGUCAACCAAUUGCGCUCUCUCCCAGAGGGUACGACUGCUAUGGGUCUUCCAGUUGCAACAGGGGCAUAUUUAUAUACGGUGAUAUUUGUCACUGUGCCAUCUUUUGCAUCAGUAUACAAUGAAUAUGCUUUAAAGAGCCAAUUUGACACUAGCAUUUACCUUCAGAAUUUGUUUCUAUACGGUUAUGGUGCAAUCUUCAACUUCUUGGCCAUCCUUGGAAUUGCGUUAUUUAAAGGUCCUGAGAGCUUGGAUAUCCUGAAAGGACACUCAAGAGCAACCAUGUUUUUGAUAUUCAAUAAUGCUGCACAAGGGAUCCUGUCAUCAUUCUUUUUCAAAUAUGCAGAUACAAUUUUGAAGAAGUACUCAUCAACGGUUGCCACGAUUUUUACGGGCAUAGCAUCUGCAUUUUUGUUUGGUCAUGCGAUAACCAUGAACUUCGUCCUGGGGAUCUCUAUUGUGUUCAUAUCGAUGCACCAGUUCUUUGCACCUCUUUCAAAAGUCAAAGAUGUGCCUCAAAAUGGUAGCUUGGACAUAAUGGAAGGUCCAAAUAACUUAAGGUUAAAGGAUCAAGCCUUCCUUAAUAUGACAGCUGGGGCAAACGAGGAUGCUAGGCAUCUGGUGGAACCAAAUGAGAGAGCACCUCUCCUUCCCAUUUAGACAGAAUUAGGGAAUUUUUGUUGUCAUCCAUCUGAAAGGAAUUUUUGAAAAGUUCUAAAACGUAUAGCCAGUUUGUAGAGGAGGGCUUUUUAUUCAUCAGGCUUCGUUCGAUGUACAACACAAUUCCAUUUGAUUUGAAGCCUUGUUACCGAAGAGCAGGUAUUAUAGAGGUAAUUAAAAAAAGGAAAUAUAUGCGGCAGAAACUCACUCGUUACACUAGAAAUUGUUGUAUCCCAUCUUAAGAUUUUUCUAAAAUAUACAUACAUAUAUAUUAUAUAUUCAAUUGUUGUACACUGCAAUUCUUUUUGCCCUUGGUUAAUAUGAAACAUGAACAUUCUUAAUGAUAUUGGUAACCCUUGA